AUGAUAAGAGAUAAUGGAAGAGGAAAGGGCGGGAUGAAAGCGCGCACCAAGGCGAAGUCUCGGUCGUCCCGGGCUGGCCUGCAGUUCCCGGUGGGCCGUAUUCACAGGCUCCUGAGAAAGGGCAACUAUGCUGAGCGGGUGGGGGCCGGAGCGCCGAUCUAUCUGGCUGCGGUGCUGGAGUAUCUGGCGGCUGAAGUCCUGGAGCUGGCCGGGAACGCGGCCCGGGACAACAAGAAAACCCGCAUCAUCCCCAGGCACCUGCAGCUGGCCGUGCGCAACGACAAGGAGCUCAACAAGCUGCUGGGAGGGGUGACCAUCGCUCAGGGAGGGGUGCUGCCUAAUAUCCAGGCCGUGCUGCUGCCCAAGAAAACCGCCCCCACCAAAAAGUGA